GCCGCGCCCGCGCGCUCCCGCCCCUCGGCCCACUCCCCGGAACCGGCGGCGGCGUUGCAGCCGCCGGCAGUGGAGGGCGACGGCCCCGAGGAGCCGCCGGCAUGAGCGCCCCCCGCCGCCCCGCUGCCCGGGCUCGGCCCUUCUGACAAGAGCUAGACCUUGGGGUCCUUGAGGCUGUUCCAUUUUGUACUUUUGAAUAUCCUCUCACAGUAUUCAGCCUAAACUAACGUUCUUCAUGAGCAUCCUCGGCAGCACAGGUGUGAGAGAAUUGCUAUUGUGUUACAAUCAUGGUGCAAAAGUACCAGUCGCCAGUGAGGGUGUAUAAGCACCCCUUUGAAUUGAUUAUGGCUGCCUAUGAAAGGAGGUUCCCUACGUGUCCUUUGAUUCCAAUGUUUGUGGACAGUGACACUGUGAGUGAAUUUAAGAGUGAAGAUGGGGCUAUUCAUGUCAUAGAAAGGCGCUGCAAACUGGAUAUAGAUGCACCUAGACUGUUGAAAAAGAUUGCAGGAGUUGAUUAUGUUUACUUUGUCCAGAAAAACUCACUGAAUUACCGAGAACGUACUUUGCACAUUGAGGCCCACAAUGAAACGUUUUCUAAUCGAGUCAUCAUUAACGAGCAUUGCUGCUACACCGUUCACCCGGAAAAUGAAGAUUGGACCUGUUUUGAACAGUCUGCAAGUUUAGAUAUUAAAUCUUUCUUUGGUUUUGAAAGUACAGUGGAAAAAAUUGCUAUGAAGCAGUAUACCAGCAACAUUAAAAAAGGAAAGGAAAUAAUUGAAUACUAUCUUCGUCAGUUGGAAGAAGAAGGCGUAACAUUUGUGCCCCGUUGGACACCACCUUCCAUUGCUCCCUCUUCAGAGACAUCUGCAUCGUGCAAGAAACAAGCAGCGGCGUCAGCUGUCGUCCCAGACGCUGCUCUAAAGGAAGGGCUGAGCAGUGAGGCCCCCGGUCACCCGAGUGGGGUGCCUGAGCCCGCGGCGGGCACCCCUGAUGACAAACUGGAUGCGGACUACAUUAAGAGAUACCUGGGUGACUUGACCCCGCUGCAGGAGAGCUGCCUGAUCCGGCUCCGCCAGUGGCUCCAGGAAACCCACAAGGGGAAGAUCCCGAAAGAUGAGCAUAUUCUUCGGUUCUUGCGUGCCCGGGACUUCAACAUCGACAAAGCCAGAGAGGUCAUGUGUCAGUCUUUGACUUGGCGGAAGCAGCACCAGGUGGACUACAUUCUGGACACCUGGAACCCUCCGCAGGUCCUUCAGGACUACUAUGCAGGUGGCUGGCACCAUCACGACAAAGAUGGCCGGCCCCUCUAUGUGCUCAGGCUGGGGCAGAUGGACACCAAGGGCUUGGUGAGAGCCCUCGGGGAGGAGGCCCUGCUCAGAUAUGUUCUCUCCAUCAAUGAAGAAGGGCUAAGACGAUGUGAAGAAAAUACAAAAGUCUUUGGUCGGCCUAUCAGUUCGUGGACCUGCCUGGUGGACCUGGAGGGGCUGAACAUGCGCCACCUGUGGAGGCCCGGCGUCAAAGCCCUGCUGCGCAUCAUCGAGGUGGUGGAGGCCAACUACCCCGAGACUCUGGGCCGUCUCCUCAUCCUUCGGGCUCCCCGGGUGUUUCCUGUCCUCUGGACGCUGGUUAGUCCAUUCAUUGAUGACAACACCAGAAGGAAAUUCCUGAUUUAUGCAGGAAAUGACUACCAGGGUCCUGGAGGCCUGCUGGAUUACAUUGAUAGAGAGGUUAUUCCAGACUUCCUGGGUGGAGAGUGCAUGUGUGAAGUGCCCGAGGGCGGACUGGUUCCCAAGUCGCUGUAUAGGACUGCGGAGGAGCUGGAAAACGAAGACCUCAAGCUCUGGACAGAAACCAUCUACCAGUCUGCGAGCGUCUUCAAGGGAGCCCCCCACGAGAUUCUCAUUCAGAUUGUGGAUGCCUCUUCUGUGAUCACUUGGGAUUUUGAUGUGUGCAAAGGGGACAUUGUCUUUAACAUCUACCACUCCAAGAGGUCACCACAGCCGCCCAAAAAGGACUCCUUGGGGGCGCACAGCAUCACUUCCCCAGGAGGGAACAACGUGCAGCUGAUAGACAGAGCCUGGCAGCUGGGCCGCGACUACAGCAUGGUGGAGUCACCUCUGAUUUGCAAAGAGGGAGAAAGCGUGCAGGGCUCCCAUGUGACACGGUGGCCCGGCUUCUACAUCCUGCAGUGGAAAUUCCACAGCAUGCCAGCGUGCGCUGCCACCAGCCUGCCCCGGGUGGACGACGUGCUGGCCUCCCUGCAGGUCUCUUCCCACAAGUGCAAAGUGAUGUACUACACCGAGGUGAUCGGGUCUGAGGAUUUCAGAGGUUCUAUGAGCAGCCUGGAGUCCAGCCACAGCGGGUUCUCCCAGCUGAGCGCCGCCACCACCUCCUCCAGCCAGUCCCACUCCAGCUCCAUGAUUUCCAGAUGGCGAUUUUGCUGACAGCUGCCAGGAAAGCGCUUCACUCGACAGCCCACACCAGCCCAGGGAUGUUGUAGAGCCCUUUGACUUGCAGCCCCUCCCCUGCCCCGUCUGAAGAGCUGCUCUUUUUAAGUUGAUCAGAAGUGGCACUGUUUUAUCCCCAAGAACUGACUACAUCCUCUAGAGCUCAAAGCACAUGACUGCACAGACGCUCCCAGGGUUUCCCAUGAGCCACAGCCCACCCGCCCCCUCUGGAGGGGCUGGGGCAGAGGCUCCGUGCGCCCUUGGCGUGUCUCUCUCCUCGGGGCCCUGCACUCUUUUUAAAAUGCUGCUGUCUUUUCCUCUUUUUUCAGCACUAAUGAUUCUUUUGGUUUCUCCCUUUGUUACUAAUGUCUUAAUUCACUUUCCUCCCUAAAUUCAUUAUUUGCAUAUCAAAUUCUGUAAAUGUUUUGUAAACAUAUUACCUCACUCUUGGUAAUACAAUACUGAUAGUCUUUAAAAGAUUUUUUUAUUGUUAACAAUAAUAAAUGUGAACUGUUUAAAGAAAA